ACUAAUUUUACGAAAACACUGUCACAUGACCAGCCAUGAUCCAACCCGAAGGGUAACUAGCCGUCAUCAAAAUCUUAUCUGCAACAGGAAUCUGCAAUACGAGAUAGGAAUACUCAUAAAUCAUAAUGUAAUUACUGUUAAAAUAUUUUUUUUACUACACUUAGAUAGUAACAAUAAAUAAAUAAGAAGAGCUCUAUUUGCACAACUAUGUACAGCCAAUUCAGUAGCCAGCCUCACGCAAAACGCCGCUAAUAAUACGUUUUAACUCCUAAACAAGCCUCGUUAAACUAAUCCACAGUCAUUCUUAUUAAUCGGCGUGCCUCUAAACGGUUCGAAAGGCGAUCAGUUUGUCUCUCUUCAAUACUUUAACAAUAACAGAGACAUCGAUUCAAUGACGCGCCAUUUUUUAAGGUAACUCAGUUACGACAUAGGCGGAGGAGGCAACUCAGGCGUAGUAAUGUUGACAAACAGCGUUCAGCUCUUUGGCGUUUGAGAGACAUAUUUAGUAAUAUCAAUCAGUUCAGUGAUCAAUGGAGCAUCUUCAAUAUUCUCGGUGACAUCACGCACUAAAAGAGACCAACUGACUUUAAUUGAAAGCGACGAGGUCUGUUCGCCGCAGCUGUAUCCAGCCGACUCCGCUUGCGACACUCGCCUCAAACGCUGUAAAAUAUAUUCAAAAUCUUAUUGAUAUUGACAAAACAUGACUCAAUACAUCGCUGGCUUGAUCUGCGCCUUCGUCCUGGCUGCUUUUAUGGUCGUCUGGUUUGCUUACUGCAUGUUCGUAAGGGAACGUCAUAAGGACGAGCACCAUUACAACAUUUCGGAUAUAAUAAAGAGGAAUGAGAUAUUAUCGGAGCUUGAAGCUUGUGAGACUCCAGAAGAGAAGAAGAGUGGGCUGGUAGCUGGUGUAUUCAUUCUUCCAUCGCGUCAUAAGCAUAAGGAGAAAGAGAAGGAAGAUAAAGAAGGUUACGACAAGCGGCCGGAUUAUCCGGAGAGUCCAGUGCCUUUACAACUAAGCACGGAGAAGCUAGUGGAAUUGUUGAGUGAUAAUGAGAAAGAUGAUUUUUAUAAGGACGGUACGCUUGAGAUAGGCUCUAACGCGACUUAUAUUAGUGACGUUUAGUAAUGCACAUCUCUUUCCAGUUUCAGUGAAAUCCCAACAAUUUUCACCAAAGGAAUGCCCACCGUAAACAUUGAUAAUCGAAAUUUCGUUGUGCAGCUUUGCUUCUAUCGCAGAAUCUGAAAGAGUGAUAGAGGGGCAAAUAUACGGACAUCAACAAACGAAUGAAGUGCUCUGAAAUAUUUUGAUUCUACCUAUUUAUUGAGAAAAUGAACAAUUUACUCGUACUCGGAUAUUUAUUAUCUGAUUUGAAUGUUGGUGCAUUAAAAUGUCAGGGUCAAGAGAUUAUCACGAAUCUUUUUACAAGAACGAGUGCACUAGGGCAGAUUAAUUGGCCCAUAAGCGAAGCCAUGCUGUUGUUUAAUUGCCACUGUGAAUUAUACAGCUAGUGACAGAACGUCAUAAGUUUAUACAGCGUGUAAACGUAAUAAGGGCGAUAAAUGAAACCAGGCGUAUAAUUCAAUAUUGUUAUCAUUAAUUAAGAGGUGUUUUUGAUUUACUCUUAAUUUUAACCCCAUAAUGAAUUUUUGAAAAAAAUCU